GUAUCAUUUGAAGGUAAUGGCGGCAUGUUGGUACAUGUUCCGAACAAGUAAUCGGUGAUUUUCAAAGAUUCAAAAGCUUAUGCGUAUGAUAUGCCCAAAGGCAACUGUUAAAAGAACAAAGAGAGCUCAUUCUUGAUAGGAAUCGAUGUAAAUAACUUUCAGUAACGCUGCGAGGAACUCACAUCGCAACGCAACUUUCAAAAAUUUACUUUGUGCUUGUCAAAAGGAAAUAUGCCUAAGUCUGAUGGGAAAUCCAAAAGGCCUUUAAUAGAUUCAGAUUCUGACGAUGAAGAUGAUCUAGAAGAACAAUUGCUCUCAAUUGCAAAGAAGCCAAAAAUGGCCGCUAGUAAAAAUGAGAAAAAUGACUCUGCAGCAAGUGAGAAGGGAGGGGAAAGUGAUUCUUCAGAUUCUUCCACAGAUGAUGAUGACGAGUGGACUGUUGAUUCAGAAAAGAGUGGAUCGAAAAGUAAGGAGAAGAAGAAAAAGUCUGUCGUUAGAAAAGAGAAGAACAAGGAGACAUCGAAAAGGGAGUCAUCAGAUGAUUCAAAAAGUGAGUCAGGGGAGAUAAGUGAUGAUGACGAACUUUCAGAAGGAGAACUUUCAGAAGACGAGUUGUCUGAAGGAGAAAUACCUGACUUUGACGACGGUUUGGACGAUAAUCUUGUUGGUGAUGAGGCUGACAGACGAAAGCUUGCCAUGAUGACAGAGAAGGAAAGAGAACAAGAGUUAUAUAACCGAAUGGAGAAGAGGGAAGCACUGAAAACGAGAAUGGAAAUAGAACAGAAAUUAAAGCUGGCAAAACGAAGAGGGAAAAAAGAGAAUAAGAAAGAACGAAAGGAAAAAAAGACUGUUCCAUAUCAUGAAGAAUUUUCAAGUAGUAUUGCCAUGAGAAAAGGUGAAAGAACAAGAUCAAAAUUAGAGGACAAAAAAGCGAAAGCGAUCGAUGAGCUGAAAGCCAAGAGAUCGGAGAAAAAGGACAAAAAAUCUGGUGAUGAUGUUUUAGAGAAAAAGGAAACAUUGAAGACUAGUGAUGUAUUUACUGAUGACGAGGAUGAAGAUCAGGAAAGUGAUGCAGCGUCCGGUGAAGAUUCGUAUGAAAUUGAAUCAGAUGAAGAAGUGCAGCAAGAAGAGAAACGACUUACAACGAAAGAAGAGCUUGAAAAGGCCAGACUGUCUAGACACAAGCUUGAACAAUGGGUUCAUUUGCCGUUUUUCAAGAAGGUUGUGACUGGAUGUUUCGUCCGCAUUGGAAUUGGAAGUCAUGAAGGCAGAGCAAUUUAUCGGGUUGCAGAAGUCAUGGAUGUUGUGGAGCAACAUAAGGUUUACCAAUUAGGUAAAACGCGAACAAAUAAAGGCCUAAAGUUAAGGCAUGGACAGCAGGAUCGUGUGUUUCGCAUAGAAUAUGUUUCGAAUCAAGGAUUCACUGAGUCGGAGUUUCAGAGGUGGAAAGAAGAGAUGAAUCUAGCGGGGCUUUCUUUGCCGUUGCUUAACGACGUAGACAAGAAGAGCAAGGAGAUCGAUGGUGCUAGAACGUAUAUGUACAAGGAAGAUGACAUUGAAGCGAUUGUUCAAGAAAAACAAAAAUUCAGAAAGAAUCCCUUUAAUUAUGCAGUAAAGAAAAACCAACUUCUUCGUAAGAAGGAAACCGCAGAGCAGUCUGGGAAUUACGAAGAUUUGCAAAAAGUCCGUCGUGAGCUUGAAGAUUUGGAGGAAAGGGCGUCAUUCCUUGACAAGAAGCGAAAUAAAAAUCUAAGUGCAGUCAGUUUUAUCAACGAAAGAAACAGAAAGAAAAACAUUUAUGAUGCAGAAAAAGCCGCCAUCGAAGAGAUGAGAACCUUUGAGAAAACUGACGAUCCGUUCACAAGGCGGAAAACUACGCCAAAAAUGGUCACACCCUUGACUUUGGCGAAGUCUGAGAUCCCCUCUGAAACACCAAAACAAGACUCAACGACAAAGAAGGAAAACCUUGACGGAAGCAUCAUCGACCCGAGCGACAUUCCAGACGAACAGCCAGACAGCCCUCUAACCAAAGAAAAGGUGAUAAUGUCUUUACUCUCGAUGCCAACAUCGGGUGCGACAGCAACAACGCCAGCGGACAAAGAAGAUUCCGAAGACCUCUUUUCAGCCCACGACUUUGACGUUCAAAUUGACAUGACUUUGCCAGAGUCAAGGCAAAUGACCCUAUCUGCGAAAUCAACGCCAACGCAAAAGGAGGGUGGACCAAGCCGAAGGUCGCUAAAUCUUGACGAGUAUAAGAAAAGAAAAGGAUUGAUCUAAGAAACGAAUAAUCCGAGAGGAGCAGAGAAGUUAUCUCGGAAAUUAUGGGGCUAUUGCAAGUGUUCUCAAGUUUCACUGGAAUGGGUUCUUUGAAAGUUAAAUGAAGUGUAAAUAUGUACGAUGGAAAUGAAAUGAUGUGGCAGUUUGUGCGUGCUCUAGUUUUAAAGAGGAACUAACUUCCGUUGAAUUCAAAAGGCAGGAACCUAAUUUGUGGCUCUCGAGCUAUUGUGUAUCGUGGUCGAUAUUGUGCUUUAAAUGUCAGACGAGUUUUGUCACAACGGUCCUUUGACAGUUCGAGUCAUGCCAAUCGCUAACGCGAUCUGUUUAAGGACUCUUGGAAGUUGGUUGUUGAUUGCUGAAACUAUACCCUACUGUUGUCAUUUUUUAUAAGGUAGCAACGUACACAAAGCCUUAGUUGAAAACCAGUAAGGUUUCUCGCUUCAGGAUUUAAUCAAUACAAAAAGGACCUUCCAUAAACCGUUCUCGUUUGACUAUAUAUUCAUAAAAAUAGUGAAAUUUGGUCCGACAAGAAGGAUUCAGUAUAGAUUAUCGACCUUUUAUUUUUUCGUGUAGCAGGACCUUAUCUUGUAUGAAAAAAAUCAAUUAUUAUGGUUUUAUAUUUUCAAAUCUUUUCUUUACAUGCAUGAUCGAGUUAUUGUGUAAUAACCUAUUUAGUUGUUGUCGCAAUAUAUUUUCUUGAAA